AUCUCUUUUCAGGGUAAAAGCAGAAUCAAACAUCACCAAAACAAUAACCGAUCAGAAUAUCUCCACUUCCGAUCAUCACCCCACAGACAAAUCACAAUGGGUAAUUUUUUGGUCCGUCUCUCUGAAUCCCCAAGAGAUUCAAAUGCACUGCAAAGCGUUUUAUCUCACCCUGGAAACAAUUCGAUCACAUGGAACACGACUGCCACUUUCCCCAAUGUCACCUCUACGUCCCCGAUCAGAUGGGCACACGACCCCACGAGCAUUACAAUAACCACCACCACUGCCGUCCCCACCCCGAACUCUACCCUCUCUGCUCGGUCAUGCAAUCUCCGAAACUGUUCGGAUUCCCAAGCUUCAUACGAGAUGAGUCUCCGCGGGGACGUCUUCGGCGUGAACCCAUUUUUGUACGCCGACAAAUCCUUCUUGCAUAUCAACUCCUCGCACUUACCGGAACCGAGAAACACCUACUUCGAUGCCCUCUCUCACAAUAUCACGGUGGACCCCUGCAAGAAGACCAACGAUGCUUUAGCAGUCCUUUGGGAUAUUUACCACCAGAAAACAAACGUUCCCGAGAGUUUACGCAAAACGAUGGUCACGUUUUUCCAGUGGUUAAAUAAGCAUGAUCCGUAUGUGUUGGGUUGCAUGACCCACGUCGAUGAAUCACUUAUAUACCACUACCAAGGGGCAUACUUCAUGGAACUGGGCUUCUUCCACGCAGCUCACAAUCUUGUCGGCAAUGCGCUCGCGGAGUGCGACAAGAUACCUAGCACAAAGCAGCAGAAAACCGUGACGUGGAUUGAAGUCGGAGUGCGAGGCAAUUUGCCUGAAGAGGUUGAUGGUUUCAAGGACCUGCUGGGGAAGUGCGAGCCGCGUACAGAUACACAUGUAGACAACGCAGUUCGAUGA